UGGUACCUCAAAACUUGUUCGUUUCCUCUAUACCUCUGUGACUUCUGUUUUUUCUAAUGUACAGUCAAAAAAUAACAUUCAAAUUACAUUUUCCUCAUGGUGUAAUUUUUUAUCACAGAGGACAUCCAGCCUCAGCAGAAAAUUUAUCAGACUAACUAACACUUUCUUAACAGUAAAGGGGGGAAUAAAAGGCUCAAGAAUCAAUUCCCAUUCUUUGGGAUGGCCCAGAUCUUUGCUACCAGUUCAGAACCUGUUCAAAACUAGGGCCUAUGGCAACCAGAACUACAGCUGGCAAUGAAAAGCCGUUACUGCAAUGCUAUAGUUUUUAAUUACCUACCAUAAUUUCGGUUUUGGACAAGAAAUCCACAUCUUGAAGCAGCAAGAUGCAUAAAGUAAGCUUAUGAUUUAGUCAUUGAAAUUCUUGGCCUCCCCUCCCAUCUCAUAUCUAGAUUGUGAUUUAGGGCAGAGACCAUGGGUAUUAUCCUGGCUUGUUAAAACAAAUGAAAAUGUUGUUAUUGCCUUUUUGUGAUUCAGCAUGGGGAUGGUCCUGGUUUGAGCAGGGGUUUGGACUAGAUGACCUCCUGAAGCCUCUUCCAACCCUCAUUUUCUAUGAUUUUACUACAGUACACACCACAGCUUGAUUAGUAUACAAGUAUGAUGGAGAGUUCUUCUCUGGAAAUUGCCCUGGAAAAUGAUACACAAGAAGAAGGAAAGCUUUAUGAAGUUGAUUCCUUAAAUAACCUAAACAAACUAAAUGUUUGUUCUGAUGGAGCUCAACACCUGCUAAACCGGGAAGAGGAGAACACAGGUGAUGGUUGGAUGACAUGGAGUAGCAUAAGAAGCCAAUGUGUGUUCUUCGUUACAUUGAUCAUUACGUUGAUUGUCAGUUUGGCACUUGUUUCAUUUGUAAUAAUCUUAAUAAUUCAGACUGGAAAGAAGAUGGACCAGGUGUCAAGCAGACUGGAGUUUGAAAGGAAGAACAUAGAAGAGCUUAAGAAAAUAAACAAUUUGCUGUUAAAGCAUCUAAACCAAUCUGGAAUCAUGGAGAAGAAAGGAGAUCUUGUUACAGGUCAAACCCCAUCAGUUCCUGUUCUUCAUGAGUAUUGAUUUACCCACUUGGAGCUGGAAGAAAACAGGGCAGCAACCAUUCUGUGCAAUUAAAUCUAUUUUCAGUCUAUA